AGGCUUAAUUAACUCUCUCUAGCUCUCUGUCUCCUUUGAUCUUUAUCUCACCACUUUUUGUUUUUGCUCUCUCUGUGUCUCGUUUUUGUGUGUGUGUGGUGCAGUACUUUGAGGGAUGGAGUUGGCCAAGAGAGCAGUGGUUUUGGUGGUGUUGAUGGUGGCUUUGGGUGGAGUGGUAUCGACGAUGGGAGAAGUGUAUAAGGUUGGCGAGGCUAAUGGGUGGACAAACACAGCCCAGUUUAAUUACAAGGCUUGGGCUGCUGCCAAGACCUUUCACGUCGGCGACACCAUCCUGUUCCAGUACAACAAGCAAUUCCAGAACGUGGUUCGAGUGACCCACAAGAACUUCAACGCGUGCAACGCCACAACCCCGUACCGCACCCUCGACACCGGAAACGACUCCUUCGUAAUCCCAAGGCACGGCCACUUCUACUUCAUCUGCAGCCUCCCCGGCCACUGCCAAUCCGGCCAGAAGGUCGACGUCAGGGUUCCCGAAGCUUCUCAGCCGCCCUCACAAGCACCGACGUCGUUGUCGCCUUCCCCCUCCCCGUCGGAUUCUGAUCAUAAGAGUGCCUCCCCUCUGCCACUGGCCAAGGGCGGGUUCUGGUUGUCCGCUGUGGUUUUAGCGCUUUCUGUUUCUGGGUUUGCUUAUUAAUUUAGGAAUGUUU